GUCGGGCUUAUGGCUUCGCGGCGCCUCCUGCUGGUCGGGGAGGGAAACUUCUCUUUCGCCGCCGCUUUGGGCGCGCGCUGCGGCCCCGAGGUUCACCUUACCGCCACCUGCCGGCAGGAGCCGGAAGCGUUAGCCGACGACCCGCUCGCGCAGGAGAACUUACGGCGCCUGCGCGAAAGAGGGGCAGAUGUGCGCUUUUCCGUGGACUGUACCCGCCUGGCUGACAUCCUGGACCCGGAUGGUUCCCCUCCUUUCGAUCACAUCUAUUUCAACUUCCCCCACUGUGGGCGCAAGGCUGGCGUGGCCAGGAACCGGGAGCUGCUGGCUGGGUUUUUCCGGAGCUGUGUCGAUGUCCUCGCCGAGCAAGGGGACGUACACGUGGCGCUGUGCAGGGGGCAGGGCGGGACGCCCGCCGACCAGCCCCGGAGAGAGUGGCACAACAGCUGGCAGGUCGUGGCCAUGGCGGCCGGAGCGGGACUCAUCCUCAGCCAAGUUCAGCCCUUUCGUCCCGAGGCCGUGCCUGGGUACAAGUGCACGGGCUACAGGAGUCAGGACAAGUCGUUUGUCAUCGAAGGGGCUUUGAACCACAUCUUCACUUUAAGCCCAGCCUUCCGGAGUCCCCGGCCUACCUUCCUCAGAGCCAAAGUGGGCGGGCAGUGGUUUGUCUUCCCCGUGCCAGAGGCUCUGGUGGACAAGAUGGACAGGAUUCCUGGAAAUAAAGCGGGACAGGUCUGGGCCCCUGAGGGCUCCACCGCUUUCAAAUGUCUGAUCUCGGCCAGAUUCUGUGCUGCCCUCUUAAGUAACAUCUCCGACUGCGAUGAAACCUUCAACUACUGGGAACCGGUGCACUACCUCGUCUACGGGAAGGGGUUCCAGACGUGGGAGUACUCUCCAGCCUACGCCAUCCGCUCUUACGCUUACCUGUGGCUUCAUGCCUUGCCCGGCGCCUUUCAUGCCAAAGUCUUACAAACCAACAAGGUGCUUGUCUUUUACUUUUUGCGCUGCCUCCUGGCUUUUGUGAGCUGUGUCUGUGAACUUUACUUUUAUAAGGCCGUGUGCAAGAAGUUUGGGCUGCACGUGAGUCGGCUGAUGUUGGCUUUCUUAGUGCUCAGCACCGGGAUGUUCUGCUCAGCAGCGGCCUUCCUGCCCAGCAGCUUCUGUAUGUACACCACACUGGUGGCGAUGGCCGGCUGGUUCAUGGACAAGACCCCCGUGGCCGUGUUGGCCGUGGCGGCCGGGGCCAUCCUGGGUUGGCCGUUCAGCGCGGCUCUCGGGAUACCCAUUGCCUUUGAUCUGCUGAUCCUGAAACGUGAGUGGAAGAGUUUCCUUUACUGGUCGGUGACAGCCCUCGUACUCUUCCUGGUCCCUAUGGUGAUCGUGGACAGCUAUUACUACGGGAAGCUGGUCAUCGCGCCUCUGAACAUCAUCCUGUAUAACGUCUUCACGCCCCACGGGCCGGACCUUUACGGCACCGAGCCCUGGUACUUCUAUCUAAUUAACGGGUUUCUGAAUUUCAACGUGGCCUUUGUAUUGGCCCUUCUGGCCCUGCCCCUGACCUCUCUCAUGGAGUUCCUGCUGCAGAGGUUUCACGUCCAGAAUUUGGGCCGUCCCUACUGGCUGACCCUGGCCCCCAUGUACAUCUGGAUGGCGGUUUUCGUGGCUCAGCCUCACAAAGAGGAGAGGUUCCUGUUCCCCGUCUACCCCCUCAUCUGCCUCGGCGGUGCCCUGGCUCUCUCAGCGCUUCAGAAAUGUUACCACUUUGCGUUUCGGCGCUACCGCCUGGAGCAUUACACCGUGUCCUCCAAUUGGCUGGCCCUGGGGACCGUGCUCCUCUUCGGGCUCCUGUCCUUGUCUCGCUCGGUGGCACUCUUCAGAGGUUACCACGGGCCCCUGGAUCUGUACCCCGAGUUCCACCACAUUGCGACGGACCCGGCCGUCCACACGGUCCCCGAGGGCAGGCCGGUGAAUGUCUGCGUGGGGAAAGAGUGGUACCGCUUUCCCAGCAGCUUCCUCUUGCCCGAGAAUUGGCACCUGCAGUUCAUCCCCUCGGAGUUCAGGGGCCAGCUACCAAAACCGUUCGCCGAGGGGCCCCUGGCCACGCGAAAUGUCCCCGCCGACAUGAACGACCAGAACCGAGAAGAGCCAUCCCGAUACGUUGACCUGAGCAAGUGCCACUACGUGGUGGAUCUGGACGGGGUCACGGAGACGGCCCGCGAGCCCAGGUUCUCGGCCCACAGGGAGGACUGGCUCAGCCUCGCCCACAGACCGUUCCUGGACGCUUCCAGGUCUUCCAGGUUCCUGCGGGCGUUCUACGUACCCUUCCUGUCGGAGCAGCACACGGUGUUCGCCAACUACACCAUCUUCAAGCCACGCCGGGCCAAGCAGGCCCGCAGGAGAGUCUCAGGGUAGCCACCCCGGGCCCCAGGGGAUCAGCUCCCGGGCCGUGGGGCCCCGUCGGCCUCCGCCCGGCACUUUCCUCCCUGGUGCCCAACUACCCCGGCUGUCAGGAAGCCCAUUCCCCACUUGGUUUUCGUGGGCCGGCUCCUCCUCUGACGGAAGAGUGGGGUGGUCCGGGCAGGAAGGGGGAUGGGGAGCUGGUCUUUGGAAGAAGGAAGAAGAGGAAGAGGGAAUAAGGGACUGUCCUUGGGCCAGACAUCGCUCUCUCCCAGCUGGGCCCCGGAAAACGGCCAGGUUCCCCAAGGCUGCCCCUCCUGCCGCCUCCUUCCAGAUGGGGCCGAAGGGGCCGGCGGGGCAGUCCACCCUCUCAUCCACCGCUGCCCGAGGGACCAAGACCGGACCCGGCCUGCAGUGGCAUUGUGGCUUCCAGUUCCGCUUUCUCUCACCCUGGCAUUACCUCCCCUUCCUCCCCAACAACAGACACACCGGCCUGGGAAUCUCACGCUCUCCAAGUUCCAGAUGGACGUUUCCCCGGAGUCUGGGCCUGGCCGCUUCUGGAGCAGCGGUGGGGCCCCUCGAGGGCCGGAUUUGCUCCGCGCCCCCAGGGAGCGUCGGAGGACGUCAGGGUAGCACUACCAUUCUCGUGGACUAAAGCAGCCUCUUGCCAACCUGAACGAUUGUUGGGGCAGGGGAAGCACGGCAAGCCCACCUGCUGCCCGCCCGCCUCCCGUCUCCAGCCCUCCCGCUCGAGCGUGGAGGGCUCCGACACCGAGGUUGGUCCCCACCCCGGCUAUAGCCUUGGAAAACACAAGGCGACUUUUGCCCCAAGGGGUCCAAUGCCCUAUUGACACCUGUGCUGGAUGGGCUCCAGGGCAGGUGAUCCAAAACCCAGGGUCCCUCAUUCCCGCUCUCAAAAAGGAACUAGGACCGCUUGGAAUGGCCAGGCACCCUCUGGGCCCACCUUAGACUCCCCAUAAGGCAGCCUGGGCCUCCCCUCAGAUGCCCGCCUUGUCUGCCGGGAAUAUCUGCUCCGUCUGUUGCAGGAGGCUGAGACUCUUUAGGCAGGCCUUCAGCCUCUGGGAAUGGGAAUGGGAAUCCUCCUCCUGAGAGAAAGGCUCAAGCUUCUGCCGUGCACCCGUCUGUGUGCAAGUGAGCGCCGUUGCAUGUGUGUCUGGGCCCUGCCCGCCUUCACGGCCCGGGCCGGGGGAUGCCGGAGGGAAGGGGAGACCCACUCGCGGCUGCCUCAGUUGUGUUUUGUGGACCCACUUGGAGGUGGCCAACGGGGAACUGCCUCAGGCCCGGCAGCGAGUCUCGCCAGCCUCCUCUGGGUGAGGCGGGCCACGCCGCCGGGCAAGAGCCGGGGGCCGGCUCUGGGCUGUUGUGCCCAGCCUGCCCCCCACCUCAGCAUGGUAUUUACAUUCCCGGGUGUUUCCCGUGCAGGGAAGCCCAAUAAAAGCCAUUUGGUUUU